AUGACAACAGUUCGCACUCUUAUUGUCGUUGCUUCCGUUCGUGGGUGGAAUAUAACUCAAAUGGAUGUCAAGAAUGCUUUCCUCAAUGGAGAUCUUCAAGAAGAGGUUUUUAUGGUUCCUCCACCUGGUUUCCCUCACAAACCUGGUGAAGUUUGUAAGCUCUGGAAAGCUCUGGGCUUAAACAAGCACCACGCGCUUGGCGAUGUUAUUGACGGGAUUGGGCUCUUGAAAUCUGAGUUGGCUCGUUGUUUUGCGAUGAAAGAUUUGGGGAUGCUACGUUAUUUCCUUGGGAAUGCGGUUGUGGAUACUCCAAUUGAAACCAAUGCUCGGUAUUCCCUAACCGAUGGCUCACCUUUGCCAGAUCCAUCCUUGUAUCGUACUAUUGUUGGUAACUUGGUUUACCUCACCAUCAUCCGUCCUAAUUUUGCUCAUGAUGUACACAUUUUUCAGAGCCUUCUCCUUUCUACCUCUUCUUCAUUGGAUCUUCUAGCGUUCUCUGAUGCUGAUUGGGCUGGUGAUCCCUCCGAUCGCAAGUCCACCACAGGGUUUUGUAUCUUUCUUGGUGAUUCUUUGAUUUCAUGGAAGAGCAAGAAGCAAGAUGUGAUUUCUAGAUCUUCCACGGAAGCUGAGUAUCGUACUAUGGCCUUUACGACCUGUGAGACUGUUUGGUUACGAUGGUUACUUGCCAACAUGGGAGUCUUUCUUCAUGAGCCUACUCCGUUGUUCUGUGAUAAUAAGAGUGCCAUCCAGAUUGCUCGUAAUUCGAUCGCCGACUUGUUCACCAAAGCUCUAUUCUCUUCUCAUUUUCGUUUUUUUGUUACCAAACUCUUAAUGCUUAUUGUUGCUGCAUCAUGA